CAGUAUAUCGGCCCCAUCUGUACGCCUCUCCACGCUCGCGAAUCACAGCGCGCCCGGCAGCACUGUCACUUUUUAACGGACUGGGAAAUGUAUUGACUGCACGGACUUCACGGCUUUGAACGCGUACUUGACGGCACAAUCGCAUCAUCUUUCAAACCUUGCGGAUUAUUUUACCUUGUAAUAAUCGGCAAUGAUGGAGGAAUCGAGUUCCCAGAAGCUUGCAUGGGAUGGCGACGCAAAGGCGAUGCAGCAGUGUUUAACGGAUAUAUUUACCAGCGUCUACACCACCUGUGACAUUCCAGAAAACGCUAUUUUUGGGCCUUGCGUUCUGAGUCACACCUCUUUAUAUGACAGUAUUGCUUUUAUUGCCCUAAAAUCUACAGAUAAGAGGACUGCACCUUACAUAUUCAGGGUGGACACGUCAGCAGCCAACACUUCCUCAGAGGGUCUGAUGUGGCUGCGAUUGGUCCAGUCCGCUAGAGACAGGGAGGAACUGAACCUGGAGGCCUAUGUGAAGAAUGGACAGCUCUACUACAGGUCGCUGAGGAGAAUCGAGAAGGACGAGGAGCUUCUGGUGUGGUACGGAAAGGACUUGAUCGAGCUGCUGCUCCUCAGCUCCAACAGAAGCCAAGUGAAAAGCAAAGGAUCUCCACCGUACAUCUGUCCAGACUGCAAUCAGCGUUUCCAGUUUGAGUUCCCUCUCCUGGCUCACCUGAGGUUCCGCUGCACCAAAAGACUCCAAAGCAUGGCUGAGGAGGAAGCGAAGGACUCUAGUGAACAGACCAGCGUUCCCCUCGCCAGGUCCAGCCCUAAGCUAGGCCGAUCUGAGGGCUUCCCCAGCCCUCCAGACGGGAAACCAUCUACAGACUUCCAUAAUCUGGCCAGGGAUUUAGAGAAUAACAGGACCAGUCCUCCCAGUGACAAGGAGGCAGAGAUCCUGAGCGAGAGCUCGGGAAAGCGCAAGUUCUCUGAUUUGGAAGACGGCAGGGCCGUAGGCUUGGUGCAGCCGCUGAAGUCGAAGGAGGAGCUGGCAAACUCGGCGCAGCAGUACCGUGGCGCAUACGGCCUGGACGAAGCCAAGCGAGCAUUCUCGCCCUGUGCCUCAGAGGCACCCGAGGCCAAGCGCAGUGCCUUCACGGAGGUGAAAAAGUCUCCACCGGGCUCCAAGCUCGGCAGCAAGAACUCUGGUUUCAACUCCGAGAACAAGGCAGAGCCCGGCCGGCCAGGCAACGGCCUCGGUGACAAACCCCUGAGCCUCCGGCAGGUGCUGGGCGAGACGCAGCCGCCGCAGUCGCGCUCCGAGGGCUCGGCGGUGGGCAGUGCCUUCACGUCCGUGGCCCAGCAGGACACUGGUGGCUCGGAGCGGAAGAGCGCCUUCAGCCAACCUUCACGCUCUUUCUCCCAGCUUUCACCACUGGUGAUGGCGCCGAAGCUGCUGCCAGCGGUGGACUGCCACCCAGCCGUGGGCGACACUGUCUCCUCCAACCGGCUCUACCAGGCCGACCACCUGGCUGCCAAGCUGCAGGGCUCCGAGCUGGGCAGCAACUGCCCAGUGCCAGGCGGCAUGGCCAAGCAGAGCCCGUUCCUUUACGCCACAGCCUUCUGGCCCAAGGCGUCAGGCCCCAUCCAGCUGCAGAUGCCCUCUGCCCUCACACUCCUACCCCCCUCCUUCACCUCCCUCUGCCUUCCUGCACAAAACUGGUGCGCCAAGUGCAACGCCUCCUUCCGAAUGACCUCCGACCUGGUCUACCACAUGCGCUCGCACCACAAAAAGGAGUACUCCAUGGAACCGCUGGUCAAGCGGAGGCGUGAGGAGAAGCUCAAGUGCCCUAUCUGCAACGAGUCCUUCAGGGAGCGGCACCACCUCUCCCGUCACAUGACCUCGCAUAACUGACUUUUUUUGGGGAUAUUUACUCACAAAUGGCAAUUUUUUUUCAAAAUGGGAAUAUUGUCAAUCUGGAGAAAUCCACUUGAUUUUGCAUUCAAAAAGACAUUUCUAGUCGGAUUGUUUCUUUCAAAUGUCAUGUUUUUGUGUACACGAAUGCAUUUUGACUUUAAAGCAAAAACUCUGAAAAUCUAUUUAUCAUAUGAAGCACUUAUUAUUUGGGUGAAAGGGGGGAUAAUUACAUGUAAAUGUACUUUGUAUUUUGUAUAUAUUAAUGUAUAAUAUAUAGAAAUAAACCGAAAUGUAGUUCCAUUUCAUGGAAAACUAUUCGAUGAUUUCAUGUGUAUAGGCCUAAGGAUGAAUACUGAGUAUAAUUCGGAUAAUGUCCAGCUAUAUUUAAGAAUGCAUGUAAAUUAUAGUUAUUGGUUUAAAGAUGCAGUCUAUUCACAACAAUGUACAUACUUGUUUUGUUUGAAUACAAAGUGUUAUUUUGUGUCUGUGGAGAAUAGAUUCAGUGUUUCUUCCUUUUGCUGAAAUUUACUAUUUGAUAGUUUAUCUAACCAUGUUGAAUGCUUUGACAAUAAAAUAGCUUUAUUUUCAA